AUGGAAAACCUAAUUGUAAAUGAAAAUAAACCAAACGACAAUAAAGUUAUUGAAAAUACCUCGCUUGAAUGUAAUGACAAAAAUAAAAUAAAAUGUUUAUAUCAUAAUGACAUAGUAUUUUUUAAACACAAAGAAAAAAACAAAAUAGGAAUAGGGAGAGUAGUAAAUUUUAACACAGAACUAAAUACAAACGGCAUACAUUUAACACCCGAUCAUAAUAUUACACUAUUAAACUCCUUAAAAAUUUUAAAUAAUAUUCAUAAUACUAAAUAUGUGCAAAAUUACAUUACCAAGCUAACUAAUAAAAAUGACCGUCGCCGACGAAAACGUGAAAAAAUCAAAUCCGAAAAUACAAUUGACAACAAUAAUAGUGAUAAUAACAAAAAUUGCAGCAAUAGUAGCAGUAACACUAAUGUUAUUAAUAAAAAUUGUGAAAAAAAACAAUCAUCUAUUACACAAUAUUUUAUAAAAAAUGAAAAAGACAAUGAAACUGAUGAUGUAUCGUUAAAAAACAAUACUCAUGAUAGUAUUGGAGGUGAUAGCGAAAAUGGAAUAACGAAAGACACAGCAAGCGAAGAUAAUAACAACUAUGCUUCCACUUGUAAUAAUAAUGAUAGCAAAGAUGACAUAACAAAAGAUAAUAAAAAAAAAUAUGGACUUACUGAAAGAAAAAAAAGUGGAAAAAUGUUUUAUAUAGUCCAAUCAUUUGGAACAUACAAAUAUUUAUUACAAUAUAAAAAGUUUUAUGCACACUAUAAAAUGUUCGUUCAUAAAAAAUGGAAAAAUGUUAAAAUACGAUUUUGCAAAAAUAUUCAAAAUAAAAUAAGUUUUGUAUUGGCUAUGAAAGUAUUUGAAAUAAAAAAAUUGUAUCAUAGUAAUAUUAACUUACAAAAUUUUAUGAUUAAUAACUUAAUGAAAAUUUACAAAAGCGAAAAAGAUCUACAUAUAGAUAAUAAUAUUCUUGGCUAUAUAUAUAAUGUGGAUGUAAGGGUUAUAUUACAAAAUAAUGUUUUAAUUACCAACGAUGAUUUUAAUGAUGUUAUUUCAAAACACAAAAAAAAUAAUGCAAAUACCAAAAAAAGAAUGCGCCUCUCAAAUGAUGAAAAUGCUAAGACUAUUUCAAAUACCACAUCCUGA